CCCUUUCUCUCUUGCCAUCUAUCUCUUUUUCUUUCUCUCUCUCCCCCCAGGUGCCAAGUAGCCAUCAGUGACACAGGGUGGGACUGGAGUGGGGUCUCAGCUCAGGGCUCCCAGCUGUUCUCUUGAAGGACACACCUCUACUACAAGCAGAGAAAGAAACGAAACGGGCUGGGCUAGCGGGGGAAGGGGUGCUCUGAGGCAGGGUGGGGGCCUCACCAGCCCUCCUGGCCGGGCGUCCUUCAGUGGGGAAUCCCCUGCUCUGGGCUCCUCCCGGGCCUGGACAUCCCCCUGCAGACUGUGGAGAGAGGCAGGUUGAGGCAGAACCCCCGGGGGCUCCGGGGGGGAGGGCUGGGUUUCCUCCAGCCCCUGCCGGCUGGCUGUCUAUCUUUCUCUGUCUGUCGCUGGUCCUGCCGGCUCAGAUGCAGCUGCUUCGAAGUGCAGUGGGCACCAUGGCGGAGGAGGCCUCCCCUGGCUGCCCCCUGCCCCGCCUGUCCUGGGCUCGGGCCACUGCGUGGGGCCUGGGCCUCUGCAUCCUGGUCGCCAUCACCAUCAGCCUGACCUGCCACCAGCAGCCCCAGGAGGCCCCGGUGAAGGACAUAGCUGAGCUCCAACUAAAUCACACAGCACCCCGGAAAGACCCCAGGCUGCACUGGCAGGGGGACCCUGCCUUGGGACGCUCCUUUCUGCACGGGCUUCAGCUGGAGAAUGGGCAGCUGCAGGUCAGAAGAGAUGGAGUCUACCAGCUGCAUAUCCAGGUGACACUGGCCAACUGUUCCUCUUCCCCCCGGACUGCCGGAACCCCAGGGGCCACCCUGAAUGUGGGGGUCUGCUCCCCGGCCCCCCGGGGCAUCAGCCUGCUGCGUCUCCGUUUUGACAACGGCUGCACCGUGGCCUCCCAGCGUCUGGUGCCCUUGACUUUGGGAGACACUCUGUGCACUAACCUCACCCUGUCGCUGCUGCCCUCCCCCAACGCCGAUGAGACUUUUUGGGGGGUUCGGUGGGUGUGCCCCUUACCACUGCACCUCCCAGCCUAGUUUCCCUGGGAGAGAGUGAGCUCUCUUUCUCCCUCUCUUCUCUCCCUCAAAAUAAAAGGAUUUGGUUCCAGAUGGAACUUAAGAAGCAAAAAAAAAAAAAAAAUGGGGGUAAGGGGGAGACAGCAUUAUGGUUCUGUAAAGAGACUUUCAUGCCUGAG